AUGUCGGUCCCUGCGCCGUCUUCGCCCUCGAUGGCCCCCGCCGCCGCCUCGAGCCUGCGCGUGCGCAAGACGCCCAUCUUUUCGGGCGUUGUCGCCCCGCUCGCCAUCGUCCUAGAGGUGCCCGGACUCACGUCCAAGUGGUACGCCGACAUCGACCCGGACGGAAUCGUCCUCCGCUACAUCGACAACCCGCCCAUCCUCACCGUCGGCCUCGGCAUCUCGCUCGCCGCCGCCGUCAUCGCAAACGUUGCCAUCAUCCUCCGCUUCCUCGAGGUGCUCCGCCCAAAGGCCAGCAUCUCCAUCGCCAUUGUCGGCUUCACCCUCCACGACGUCAUCAACCUCGUCGCCCUCGCCGUCUUUGGCGGCAUCUACGGCGGAAAGGACGACGGCCUCUCGCUCAGCGCAUCCUACUGGAUGGUGUGCGCAUCGACGGCCGCGUCGCUCCUCGUCACCCUCAGCCUCGUCGUCGACUACCUCCGCACAAACGACUACGGCCACGCCGGCUCCGGCCUCACCCAGAAGCAAAAGGGCCUCGUCCUCGCCGUCAUGGCCCUCCUCCUCUACCUCUCCCUCGGCAGCCUCAUGUUUGCGUUCCUCGUCGGCAUCGAUUUCAUCUCGGCCCUCUACUUUUCCACCGCCACCGUCCUCACCGUCGGCUUCGGCGACGUCGUCCCCGCCAGCGUCGGCGCAAAGGUCGCCGUCAUCCUCUACGCCCCCGCGGGCAUCGUCCUCGUCGCCCUCGUCGUGUCGUCGGCGCGCAACACGAUCCUCGAGAGCUUCCACUCGAGCUUCCAGCAGCGCCUCGCCCAGCACCGCCAGCGCGUCGUCGAGCGCAGGGCCGCCAGGAGGGACAGCAAGGUCGCCGCCAAGACGUUGCGCCACACCCUCUCCCGCAUCCGGUCGCGCAACAUCUCCGCCUCGCCCUCGGCGGCGGCAACGACCAACGGCAGCCUCACCGCCGACCCCACCCGACUGCCGCAGGACGACGCAUUGACCAGGAGCGCCAAGACCGCCACUCUGACAGCGCAGAGCGACCUCGCCGGCAUCGACCGCGCUCACGACGGCAGCCGCUCCGACUCGAGCCACUCGCGCGACCCGCUGCUGGCAGAGGUGCGGCGCAUGCAGCGCGAGCUCGACGAGCACCGGCAGGACAUGGACGCAAACUACCGCGCGCUCGAGGAGCGCAGCCUGCACGAGGCGCGCACCGACGCCGCCACCAAGAUCGGCCUUGCGUUUGCCAUCUUUGUCUCGUUCUGGCUCGUCGGCGCCCUCGCCUUUCACUAUACCGAGGGAUGGUCGUACUUCCACGCCUUCUGGUUCUGCUUCAUCGCAAUGAUCACGAUUGGUUACGGCGACUAUAGCCCGCACACCCAGAUCGGGAGGGGUGUCUUUGUCAUGUGGGGCCUGCUGGGCGUCGCGGUCCUCACCAUCCUGCUCGCCGUCGUCCAGGACGCCUUCGGCAGCCUGCUCCAGGGCGUCUUGACAAAGUCGACUGCGCGCCUGUUUGACCGCAAGUCGGCAAGAGGGCAUGUAGAGGCGCGGGGACACCACGGUUCGCGCCGAGGACGACGGCACCACUCGCACCGCACGCAGUCGGAUCCAGGCCCACCCUCGCCAACAGACCGGCCCGGGGCGCUGACCCACGAAAAGUCGAGCUCGUCGCCCGUCUGGUCGCACCAGGGCCCGACGCUGCACCGGCACAAGCGGCGGCGCAAACGUCAUCGCGACGCCGACGACGAUCUCGAGCCCGGCUUCGCGCUCGACCUCGAGUCGAACGCCCCAGCAGCGGUGGCGGCGACGGCGGCGCUGAACCUCCAGACCUUUGCCUUUCCCCUCCGCUCGUCGUCAAAGACGGCGAAGGGCGUUGUGAAUGCAAUCGAAAGUUCGCCGCAGGCUCAAGAAGACGAUAGUGGCAGCGGACGACCGGCAAUCCAGCCGCUGACCCUCGCCCUCGCCCGUGCAGCGAUGGCGUUCCACGCCCAGAGCCACGCGAUACUGCAAAAGGAGCAGGAAACGAUCCUCCACUCCCUCUCAGCCUUUCCGGAACUGCGAAGCGCGUUGCGCCGACAGCGACGCGGCAGUAGCAGCACGACCACUGGCGGCGGCGGCGGCAAUGUCAAGGUCGAGUCAGACUCGGACUGGAUCGGCGACGAUCGGACGGCAACGACGACGGGAGCGUGGACAAAGGACACGGUGGACGAGGCCAUGGACCUGCUUUCGCGCGGCGGCGACGAGGAGAAUGUCGCGGCCAUCCGGAUGGUCUUCGCUCAUCUGCGCUUGCAAGAUACGCUGAUGGACCUCUUGGAGCAAAUCGGAUACGUACACCAAACCGCCGCCUCUUCCGACGAACCGGCGUGA